CCCUUCCAGCUCUUGCAAACACCCGGCUCCUCCGGAGCCUGCGGAUCCUUCUUGGACGCAGGCUCACCGCAAAGGAAGCUGCGAGGUGCCCGAUUUGCACACGUGAAGCCCGAGAUCCGGGGCGGUGGACGCCAGGCAAGACAUGAAAACCCCCAACUCGCAGGAGGCCGAAGGGCAACAAACCAGGGCAGUUGCAGGACGGGCCACUGGGUCUGCAAACAUGACAAAGAGAAAAGCCUCCCAAAAGAAACAGAGAGGCAGACCUUCGUCCCAGCCCCGCAGGAACAUCGUGGGCUGCAGGAUUUCACACGGAUGGAAGGAAGGCGAUGAGCCCAUCACCCAGUGGAAAGGAACCGUUCUGGAUCAGGUGCCUAUAAAUCCUUCUCUUUAUCUGGUGAAAUAUGAUGGAAUUGACUGUGUCUAUGGACUGGAACUUCACAGAGAUGAAAGAGUUUUGUCUCUUAAAAUUCUUUCUGACAGGGUGGCAUCAUCUCAAGUCAGUGAUGCAAACCUUGCAAAUACCAUAAUUGGUAAAGCUGUGGAACAUAUGUUUGAGGGUGAGCAUGGUUCUAAGGAUGAAUGGAGAGGAAUGGUCUUGGCCCAAGCACCUAUCAUGAAAGCCUGGUUUUAUAUUACCUAUGAGAAAGAUCCUGUCUUGUACAUGUACCAGCUUCUAGAUGAUUAUAAAGAAGGAGACCUCCGUAUCAUGCCAGAGUCCGGUGAGUCUCCUCCAGCAGAGAGGGAGCCAGGAGGAGUUGUAGAUGGCCUGAUAGGUAAACAUGUGGAAUAUACCAAAGAAGAUGGCUCCAAACGGAUCGGCAUGGUCAUUCACCAAGUGGAAGCCAAACCCUCUGUGUAUUUCAUCAAGUUUGAUGAUGAUUUCCAUAUCUAUGUCUAUGAUUUGGUGAAAAAGUCCUAACUGUUAGGGUAAACUUUGCCACAUUUGUGAAAACAAAUGUGUACUUUGUAGACAUGCAAAAUAAUGUUACUUUUCAGUGUAUUGAAAGUUUUAGGGUCCCUGUUAAUCCGACAUCUUUGCCAGCAUAACUGUUGUUUUGUCCUGAAAAAUACAAAUUUAUGUGGCCAUGA